AUGCACAAAUUAGAAAGGACGCCUGCCUUCGGAGCAGCCGUAAUGGCAGCGAAAAAGAUAAACAGAGUCAUAUCGCAACAGCAGAAUCCAACCGUUUUUGAUGUGCUCUUUAAUAAAUACGAUAAAAUGGAGUAA